UACAUACAUAAAUACAUACAUAAAUACAUACAUACAUACAUACGCAUACGGCUCGGUGAACACACAUAUAGAUAAACAUAUGCACGUAUAAACGAACGCGAGUACGCGCGCGACCGCACGUUACCUGGCACCUGCAGGCGCACAGUACGAGAGGGAAAUAGAGUAAAUAUCGGGGAGGGGAAAAAAAGAAGGAGGCUUGCACGGCCAAACACGCGAGUGUGCUCCUUCGAUCCGACGUGUCUCGUUAUACGGCCGCAUCGUUUUUCCUGCGGAUCCCCCAACGCCGCCGUCGAGAGCUGCCUCCGGCCAAUUAAACGAGAACUCUGUCUCUGUCUCUGUCUCUCUCUCUCUCUCUCUCUCUCUCUCUCUCUCUCUCUCCACGUUAAGCCGAUUUGCCUGAAACAUCUUCGAUCAUGUCGCUGCUCAGCGUCACGGUGAAGAAGGCGCGGUUCGUCUGCGAGGAAGCGGGCCAGUUCAACUCCUACGUAACACUGAAGCUGCAGAACGUCAAGUCAACGACAGUCACUGUGAAAGGGGCCAAUCCAUGCUGGGAGCAAGACUUUCUUUUCGAAACGAACGACAUGAACACGGGCCUUCUGGUCGAGGUCUGGUGCAAGGGUCUGCUAUGGGAUCGUUUCCUGGGUUACUACUACGUCCCACUAUCGGAAGUGUCCUACAUGAACGAGGUAACGUCUAAGCAGUCCUACAAUGCAUCCAGCAUGGUAUCGUCAGGCCAACAAGAACAACAAGAACAACAGCAACAGCAACAUAUAAACCCCGACAGCAUGCGCGACACGAACAGCAAUACACAGGCACCAGAUAUCACCAACACGGUACACUAA